AUGUAUUGCCAGAGCUGCCGCACGCCUCUCAAAUUGGACGGCUCUCUCGAGUCGCUCAAUCCCGCUGCCUUCGACCUGCUAGUCGGCUCUACGGGUAAAUCCGUCCCAGAACAUGGCGCCCACUCUUCAUCCAAGCCGAGCUACCCGCAAGAACGACGGGAGCUCUACGACCGGGUGUCCAAGCAAUCCACGGCCCCCGUGUACAACCGAAGAUCCAUCCCCCCUCCGCGGCAGGCGGCUCGCACUCAACCCCAUCCUGCGAGACUCGGUCGCGGCGAUAGCGGGAACAUGUCGUUCGUGAUGCUCACCGAGUCGCAAGUCGGACCGCCUCACGGGAUGAUCCCCGGGACGAAUGGGAACGGCGACGGCUCGUCACACGGCAUCAGGCCCGGCGGCAACCCUGCAGGCCAUGAUCACAGUCGAGGAGGCAUCGACGACGGGUCGUUUGCAGACCAGGUCGAACGAACCGCCCGGCUGUUUGACAUCAUCUCCGCCCGUUCGGACAUUGAUCACCCUAUCUGUCUGGAAUGUACCGAUCUCCUAGUGGAGGGGAUGGAGAAACGGCUGGCAGACGCGAAGAAAGAGCGAGAUGCAUAUAGCUCUUUUCUGCGCGAUCUAAAGUCCUCGGUCCCGACGACGGAGGAGCUGGACGCUGCGCAGCAGUCUCUACAGGAGACGCUGGCUGCGGAGGAGGCUGCGUUUGCGGAGCUUGUGGCCCUUGAGAAGGAAAAGGCCGCCUUAGAUGAGGAGAUCGCCGGGCUGGAGGAUGAAUCCCGUCAGCUGGAUCUUGAGGAAGAGAAGUUCUGGCGGGAUCGCAAUGCCUUCGCCCUCACGCUUUCCGAGUUCCAGAACGAACGCGAUGCGCUGAACAUGAAGUAUGACCAUGAUUCCCGGCAGCUGGAGAGGCUACAGAGGACGAAUGUCUACAAUGAUGCUUUCUGCAUCGGGCACGAUGGCUACUUCGGCACCAUCAACGGGUUGCGACUCGGUCGCUUGGCUAACCCGUCGGUCGACUGGCCAGAGAUCAACGCUGCUUGGGGACAGACGGCUCUGCUACUGGCGACCAUUGCUAGCAAGCUGGGGUUCCAGUUCCAGGGGUAUCAAAUCAAGCCGAUGGGCUCGAUGUCUCGGAUUGACCGACUCGAACCGUCCCGAACAUCUCCGGCUCAAUCCGUGAUCGGUGGAGGCAACCCAGGGGCAUCGAUGGCGCAUAAGGUCACCACGCUGGAUCUGUUCUCGUCGGGCGAGCUGCCGCUGAACCUGCCGUGGCUUCACCGCCGGUUUGACGCCGGAAUGGUGGCUUUUCUGGAAUGUCUACGUCAACUGGGCGAGUUUGUGGAGAAGACUCCGGUGCCGGCGGCCUCAAAUCGGCGAGGUCACACGGCCACCGCGGUGACCGGUCUGAAGCUGCCAUAUGAGAUCAAAAAGGACCGGAUUGGCGAUGCGAGCAUCAAGCUUGGGUUCAACCAAAAUGAUGAGACCUGGACGCGUGCUUGCAAGUAUACCCUCACCUGCUGCAAGUUCUUACUGGCCCAUGCCAGUAAUAUCGCUAGUGCAGGCUCCAGUAACUCGGCUGCCGUGGCCGCUGCGGCCGUGGCAGCUGGAGAGCAGGCCGCCAGUUCUCCUACCAAAUGA